CCAAGGGCCAAGGCUCCAGGAUGAUCUCACGUUCCGCGCUGGGUAGGCAUUCAAGACGGCACUGGCCUCUCCAAAAUUUGGUGACGGACAACUCUUUUGGCAGUUCAAUGCCUCUACCAGCAACACCACUUAACGCGCCAUCCUGGGGAAAGGCGCUUGGUUAUCUCCGGACGAUUACGGCUUCUUUCAAAAGGUCUCAUGCAGCAAGGGGCCAUCCGGCGCCGACUUUUCCAGUCAUUGAGAAAUGCCCGUCACCGACAUGUCAAUGCGCACCAAUGCCGUCUGGGCUUGACAUUGACUAUAAACGACCGCUAAGCAACACCGUAGCAGCAUAUCAAGAACAAGUCUUAAUAUCUACCGGAAGAGAUGACUGGGCCAGUAGAGCAGAAGAAGAGGAGGAUGCUGUUCUACUAAGAGGAUUGAAAAGCUUGUUAGGGCGUGGAGGCACGUUUAGUAACCCAUUCCAUAACAUUAUGCUUACCAAUUCGUCUUUUGCCCCCUCGGUUUCAAACUCUGCAAGCUCUGUUUAUCUGUUUCCGAGCUUUCGCUACAUUCCAUCCGUUUCCCUCACAGACGGCUCAAUGAAAGCUUUCACACAAGCUUUUCUGCUCCCGGAGAAGCUACACCCUGCACACGAAAUCAUGUCAUCUGAAGACCAAAGACAAAAUCUCAUGAGAAAACCAGCGUUACAGGAUCAGUUUCCCGGCGCACGCGCCGUUGACGAACUGGUGGUCCUCAUUUGCGGUCACGGUGGAAGAGACGAACGUUGUGGAAUCCUUGGACCUAUACUCCGCUCAGAGUUUGAGGAGAAGCUUGAAGUGGCGGGUUUUGAUGUCGUUGAAGAGGCAACUGUACCCAAGGGUUUGGAAAAACCGUCGCAGUCCGGAAAGCCGAGGGCUAGAGUGGGCCUAAUCAGCCAUAUCGGUGGACACAAGUAUGCGGGAAAUGUCAUAAUCUAUAUUCCACCUACUUUGCGACAGGGUCUAUCAACCAGCAAUCCGAUGGAUGGUAAGGGCAUCUGGUAUGGAAGGGUCGAGCCCGGGCACGUUGAAGGCAUUGUCAAUGAGACUGUCUUGAACGGAUCAGUCAUUGCAGAGCUCUUUCGAGGUGGCGUCGGCAAAGGUGGAGAGGCUCUGCGAUUAUGAUAAACACUUCUAAGCUUUGCUUUUUGGUGCAUUCAGUGUAAUUUCCUGAAUUCUUGUACAGUAUGAGUGUAAACAGAUUCUCCACUCGAGCUUCCUCGAUAACCCUAGCAUUAGAU